CUCUAAUAAGUCCCACCUUCUUUUAAGCUUUUUCUCCAAUAAGCCCUACCCCCUCAAAGGUGUCCAAAAUUAGCCCCCAGGGUCUUAAUAGAGAGAUCACAGUAUAUUGUCUUCACUUCAGGAAUCAAGUGAAGAAAAGGAUAGUGCAGAAAAGGAUAGUGCAGAAAAGGAUAGUGAGAAGAAUAAAGACAGCGAUACGGAUGACUUCGACAAAACUUUGAUGAAGACUGUCACAGAGAGUAAGAAGAGAACUGCAAAGAGGAGAAAGUCUCGAGAGAGUGUAAGCCCAAUUCCAAAGCGGUAAGUCAAACGUUGUCGUCUCAUUGAAAUGCCCUGUCAGCAUUAGCUUUGGUUUCACUGUGUAACUGUAUCCGUUCUAAACCGCUCUUAGAUCCAUCCUUACUUCUUAAACUGAAAUUCAUUCGAAAUAUACAGUUUACAUGAUUUGUUUAGAGUAUUCAUGCAUAAUUUUUCGGAAUAACUUUAGUUUUCUAUUUGCUUAAAUUAUCAGCCGGCAAAGGACUCUGGUGAAUUACAUUUACCUUGUUAUUUUUGUCUCUUUUAGACCUUGUAUGUUGAUAUUUGAUUCCUUAGGAAGUAAUCGACGCUCAGGAGUAAUAUCGAAUUUAAGAAGGUUAGUGUAAGCUAUAGUUCUUUACCCAAGGCCACCAAGAGGUUGCACGGGGCCCAGGACAAAACAUCCCCUGGGACCCCUAUGAUGUCAUCAACCUCGUUCCCAGGCUCUUCCCUAUGACCAGAAAAUUUAAGGGAUUACGUCGCUUUGGGGGCUGGUUUGAGCUGGGGGUCGGGUCCGGAUUUGAGCUGGGGGUCGGGGCAAAGUGCCCCCCUCUCGGCGGCACUGUCUAUACCAAGUAGAUAGUAUGAUUAGUUGUAGUAAAGUCAACAAUCCAAACGAAUGACUCGCAAAAGUGACUCAUGAUGGAUUGCUUUCAACUUGUAUCAAUCAUAAAUCAGCAGGAAAAAUUGCAAAAAUCACAUGUAAUGUUUUACCUGUUGUAGUUAUUUGAACUGUGAGUGGAGGGAAAGGAAAGAUAGCAGUGUGGAAAUUAUAUUUGAUAAAGAUACGUUAAAAGGAUGUUAUCCUAAGGUAGGCAAACAGAUACUGUAAUAAUAAUAAUGAUGAUAUCGUUAUUUUAAGGUGGCUCCCUACAGUUUUAGGUCUGUGUCGCGGAAACUACUAAUUUUGUGAUGCUCUUUCAAGCUGUGAUGAAUUUUUAUCUAGACUUGUUUAGAUCAAAAUUUAGUCUAUAAUGCAAAUGGUCCAUUCAGUUUAGCUCUCAGCUGCAAGGAUGAUUAGCACACCUCCACUACUUAACCAUUUCCAAAAUGUGACGCUUUUUCAGGUGCCUUUACAAGAAAAUUUCUCUGACUGUGGACUGUAUGUUUUGCAGUAUUUUGAGAGCUUCUUUACGGUAACUAUUCAAUACUAUUACAUUGUACAUAUGGUGUCAGCAGAGUAGAAUGUGGGCCAUGCGCACAAUUCCCUUACGGCCACUUUUUGGAUAACAUGGCUCUGUGUCCGAAAUUGCUUUGCAGGUUGCAACAAAAAUUGCCUUGUGUAACAUUGCCUAAGUAUUAACCCUUUUACCGUAGCUGUGCUCUGUGAACAGUCACAAGGUGGCUGCCAGAGGCUUACUUAGUAAGCCUUCGUCUCGAUCAGGUUGAGCUGCGUCCUUCGCAAUAGACAAUUCCAGCUAUCGACUAAUUUUUUUACCUAGACAAGAAAGACGAAAUCUAUCAUUAUAGCUCAAACGAGCAUCCUAACAUUAGUAAAAUUGCAAAGUUUGGUUGCGAAAUGUUGUAAAAUACGGAAAAUAUAGCCCUGUGAAAUUAGCAAAUUUUCAGUAUUUUAGUAUUACGCGCGGUAAGAAUAACCACUUUUGGCUCAAAAAUGGUGAAAAUUUGCUAAUUUCACAGGGCUAUAUUUUCCGUAUUUUACAACAUUUCGCAACCAAACUUUGCAAUUUUACUAAUUUUAGUUUGCUCUUUUGAGCUAUAAUUAUAUAUUUCGUCUUUCUUGUCUAGAUAGAAAAUUAGUCGACAGCUGUUAGUCUAUCUGAAUUAAUCUAUUCAGCUUAGCUCUCAGCUGCAAGUAAGGAUGAUUAGCACACCCCACUCACUCCCAUAAAUAAUUUCAUUUCAUUGACUUUAUUUACCGAGGGUAACACAUGACAGUUAGCGUGAGCUACUGAUAAAUUAGUGGCCCUCAUAAACUAUAUUACAACUAUAAACAAGAAAUAAUUAAUGUAACAAUGUACAGUAUAGUAUUUUCCUAAAGGCCAUGUUACACGGUGCAAUUUUUCUUGCAACUUGCAAUGCAAUUCUACUCUUGAGAGAUGUAAAAUUGCCAAAUACGAGUCUUCAUUACACUCCGCUGAUGUUUUCUCAACAUAUUGAAAAUUCUUCACUGAUUUCACUAAUUUUUAAAACAGCAUUGCAAGUUGCAAGAAAAAUUGCACCGUGUAACAUGGCCUUCUUAACGGACAUCUGUCAAUAAGUCAUUAAAAGUCAGUAAAAUAGUAUUAAAAUAGUUAUACCUUCUAGCAUCCAAUAGAAGACUACAAAACCCCUAUUGAACUUCGCUCUUGGUUCCCGCAAGAUGAGAUGGCAACAAAACGCCACUGCAUCAUAAACGUGAUCCUCGAAUUACAAGCGAAAGCAGAAAGUUUAAAAGACAGGUGAUAUGCAAUAAAAUAUUAGAAUUACAUUAAUAUAUAUUUAUAAAGAGAAUGCUACGCAUAGACUGUGUAGAAAAUUAUUUCGCAUAAAGCGCAGAUCCGGUGGAUGGUGAAAUUUUGUUGAAUUUUGACUAAUUCAUUUUGUUGAAAAAAUGAAUUUUUUCAAUUUUGUUCAGGGGUGUAUAUUCUUCAAUGACCUUUGAUCCCCCCCCCCUUUAUCUUCAGCUUUCAUUUUCUUCCUGUAUCCUUGAAGAAAUUUGGGCGCGGCAGCGGAGUCUGGGUUCUACCAUUACUAUUCCAGUAAUUUUCAAUCAAUUUAAAGAAUUAUUUUUGAAAAAAAGUUUGGUACAAGGUAGAAAAAUUAUGUUACAAUGCUGAUUUUGACAACAAAUUUUUCAGUUUAUUUAGAACUUCUGCAUCUCAAUGAUAAACAGCACAACAAAAUAAUCGAUUAUUGACAUAUUAACUAGAGAUGUUAUCCUUAAAAGUACUCCUCUCUCUAAAUUAUGUUCAUCUUUCAACAAACGUUUUUAGUUUCACAAACAUUAAUAUAUAUUCACCUUUUUAAAAUUUUAUUUAACCAUUGACAUUAUCAUGUUUCGCUCGCUACUCUGUUUUAAAUAAAUGAUUACAAAGUCCAGUCGAAUUGUAAUCAAGACCCAACGUUUCGACACUCCAGUCUAGUGUCUUCAUCAGGGUGAUCUAAAAUUGCAAUCCUGGCUUCUUAAAUACCCAAGGGAUGACGUCACCUGCCAAUGAGAUGCAUAUAUUCCUCUGGCAAAUAGGCACCGUCAUCCCUAUUCAAAGCAUGAUUACUCCAAUAACCUCUUGCCAUAAAGAGUCAUUCUUCAUCUAUACCCAUAGAAAUGUCUAUACCCCUCCCCCUCCUAGCCAACAUAAUAUGAGCUGAUCCCCAAGUUUUCUCACUUCUUCUGCUUUCUAAUCUCAUCCCUUGUCCUUUCUCUUCAUUUUCCUUUCCCUCUUUCUUUCCCUUCCUUUCUUUUUCAGCUUUUUUCACUCUUCUUUGAAUUUCUUCCCUGGCCCUAAGACUGAUUCCUUCCCCCCUGGGGGAGAAUUAUAGAAGAAUAUACACCCCUGAUUUUGUUUGGGAGAUGAAUUUUAUCCGUUCGUAUUUGGUAAUGGUAACAUUUUGUAAAUAUAGUGUUGUAUAAAAUAUCAGUUUAGCACAAGUUAUGUAUUUAUCAAAAUCAUGGGCAUUAAAUUGUAAGAUGAAAUAAUACAAGCAACAAAAUUGCAAAACAGUGUUCAACGUAGUCUCCCUCGCAGCGAGGGUUAGAGCUAUAAGAACGUCUGCGAGAGACUGUGUUCGACGCAUAUUGGAUUUCUAAAAGAAUUUAACAAUUAUUGAAUCAGGUUAAACAUGAUAUAAAUUGAAUGAGGUUGAUCAUAUCAUACAAAAACCGAAUUCAAUAAUUAAAGAUGAAACAGCAAUCAGUUGUAGGAAACCAUUUGUGUUGUGACAAUUCUUCACUCCUUCGGCAGUCGUCAUUGACAUGACGUCAUGUGUUUAAUAUUUUUCAUAUCAACGUUAUGAUGUCACUCUGUUAAAUAUUAUGUCAAAACUCCACAUUUGGUCAGUUAUUGAGUUCAUAUGACAAUUUCACAGUUGGCUGUUAGCCAAUCAGAAAUCAUGAAUGAUUUAAAAUAAAUAACAAUACUAAACAUUUCUAGGUAAAAUCAGCUUGUAUUGAAAGUUGGUGCAGUUUUGUUGUUCUUGUUACUACACUCUACUUCCCUAGAAUUUUGCAAUGCAAUAAAGAAGUAUUUAAUGGAAUGAGUGUAAUACUGAAGUUUCACCCCUGCUCCUAGAAAUCUCAUGUUUACAAGAGUGUGACUUUAUUAUUGUAUCAAAAUGCUGUAAACUAUAUUUUCACAAAGAUUCUGUUAGUAACACGUUGAAGUGCAGAUAGAUAGCAGUUAUUUGAAAAAGCUUGAGCAAAAACAGUAACAAAAGCAGUGGUAAUGUGAAGACAACUUUGUGUAAGUAUUCCUUCAGCAGUUUUUCUUAAGUAUUAGUAUGUUUUAAUUACAGUCUUUUGUUAAAUAAUUAUAUAAUGUACAUACUAGCACAUCUAAUUGUUAUUUCAAAUUAACCAAAAAAUAUGUAAGUUGCUUUUGUAAAGUAGUUUUUAUAUGUUAUUCUUCCCCUGCAGGUAUUGCAUCUUCAAGUCUUUUGAUAAAUUUUACUCUUAAUUCUGUUGUAUCAUCACCACGAAGUGCAUCUUGAACAAAACUAAUUUCCACCUCCAUUUGGACCUGAAGAAAAAUUACAAGAGUGAGAGAAUGAACAAGUGUGAUGUUGAGUUGGUGGAGGAGAAAUGCAA